AUGGUUAAAGCAAGCAACUCUGUGCGAAUCGCAUACAGAUGCUGGCUUUGCAUAAGUGAAGGUGGGUUGGUUCUAGCCUCGCGAGCCCCUCGAUUCACGUCUGACCUUAAUUACACAGGGGCGGCACCGUUAUCGAGUCAUGCUUUCACUUCAUUCUUAGAUUAUUGGACAUCUGAUAUCAACGAUACUAUCUAUCUCCAACUGAGCGCACCGUCUCAUACAAAAUGGAUAGCACUCGGCCAGGGCGAGCGAAUGGCAGGGGGGAGAAUCUUUCUCAUCUACGCUUCGCCUGAUGGCAGCAUUACUCUCUCGCCACGAAAGGCAUUUGGUCAUCUUGACGUCUUCUAUGAUCCCAAUAUCCAGGCCCAUCUUCUUGAAGGUUCUGGGAUCCAUGACGGUGUGAUAACAGCAAACAUCCGUUGCGACAACUGCAUGCACUUAGAUAACGGGGAUAGCCUAAUGGGAAGCUCUAGCUCUUGGGGUUGGGCUAUAUGCCAUGGAUAUCCAUUGGUGUCCUCGGAUGUUGCUGUGAAGAUCCAUAAGCAUGAUGUUCACGGUAGCUUCACCCUAAAUAUGACCAAAGCCAUUGGCGGCAAUUCGACGAAUCCAUUUCUCGACAUGACAUACCCACGUCACGAUGUCACCCUUUUCUCAAAACAGCAUGUGAUUGAUGAUGCUUUGCUUUACAGAAAACGUGUUGCACAUGGUGUAAUGACGCCAAUUGCUUUCGUUCUGAUGUUCCCCGGCUUUGGGCUUCUCUUGCAAAUAUACCCUUCUCGCCACACCGUUCUGUGGAUGCAUGCUCCUAUGCAAAUAAUUGCAGCUUGUGUGGCAUUGAUUGGACUUGGAUUUGGAGUCUCCGUAUCUAUGGAUCUCAAACUGUCCAACGGCUACCAUCCGACUAUAGGUUAUGUUUUGGUCGGUGUUGUCGUCCUUAUCCAACCUGUCAUAGGGGUUGUGCAGCAUCUGCAUUUCCUAAGAUCGGGGGGAACCACCAUCUACGGUGUCUUACACCGCUGGUUCGGGCGCCUAUUGUCUGCCAUUGGCAUCGUCAAUGGUGGAAUGGGUUUUUACUACGCGUAUCAGCAUACUGAGGAUAUCCCACCAAUUCCACCGAUAAUAUACGGCAUGGUCUGCGGAGGAGUAUGCAUCUUAUAUGUCUUUGUGGUCAUGUGGCGUAGGGAGAAGAAGAAAUCGCAGGCUGUCAUCGCUAAUUUGCAGACUGAGUUCUUCCAGAACAGGAGGGAUUUGGAGCAAGCUAGUGACAAGCUUGACAGUGCGCGAGCGAAAUCUGUUGAAUCUAGCAGUAUCUCUGAGAAGAAGUGGUGA